UGCAGAGUAGUGAGAGAACUAUGAGGAGCAGAGGAGGAGAGAAGAGCUGCGGACGGGAACAGGGAACGCUGAGAGAGAGAGGGAGAAGACGAAGCUGAGGGAGAGGCGGAGGCGAUCGAUCACGUCCAAGAUAAUGGAGGGCCUCCGGAAACACGGCGGCUACGACCUCCCUGCCCGUGCCGAUGUCAACGACGUCCUCCGCGCUCUCGCUGCCGAGGCCGGGUGGGUCGUCGAGCACGACGGCACCACCUACCGUCGCGCCGCCUCGCAAAACCUCGUGCCUUCGGUCUCGACCGCGGUCGCUCGGGCGAGGAGCAGUGGCGUAGGCGCCGGCGACGGAGGAAUAUGUACGGCGGUCGCGGCUGCUCCUGAGCCGGCAGAACAGGGGCUGUUUAUGUUUCCAAUUCGGACGAACGAGGGCUUCGGCGCCGGAGCCGGCUUCCCGGACAUGUGCGUCGUCGACGGAGGUGGCGCCGCUCCUGGCGCGUACGCGUCGCUGCCGGAGGAGUGGACUUGGGGGCAGCCGCGCGCUUGAGAGAAUGUCUGAUGGGAAGUGGACGGUUGGUGUUUUCUUGUUUUUAUUUUAUUUUUUAAAAAAGGAAUUAUGUGGUUUGUUUUGUGUUCACGGGAAUCAA